AUGACAACCAAAUUGUUCUGGAGAACAACUUGUCCAAGGAAUCCAAGAGAGAAUCAACAAAUAGGAAGUGAACGGCGAUUGAGCAAUAUGGGUUCUAUUCUCAGGCCGCUGAUGUGGAGGAAAUGCCAAGAUGGUAACGGAUCAAGAAGUUCUGAAGAAUCAAACAACAGCACCAUCUCAACUCCAAACUCAGAUACGGAUGAAAUAGACGGUAUUCUUCAACAGUACGAAGGACCACUCUCCAAGAAUAAGGCGAUAAAUCUUGUGGUCAUGGAUAGUUCGGAAUCUGAUGACGCCGAAGUAACUUCAAAAGCAACCACUCAGAAGCGAGCCUUGAUUAUUACCAGAACCUCAUUAAAUUAUGAGGAUGUUCAACCUCUCGAAACAAACUCAAAAGUUUUCAUUGCCAAUAACAACCACCACCAGACAAGUCAGCAACGGUGUAUCUAUGAAAGACGCAGCAGUGAAGGAGCGCAGAUACCACUUCCUAGACCAUUAUUGAUCGAUGCUAUUGAAUCUAUCAGCUCGAAAUCAACGGUCUCAAAAAUCCAUCACCCCCGAAUGAAUCUUCAACAUGUUUCCGAGACAGAUGGACACUAUGAAGUUAGGAUAGACAAAGGGUUUCGGCGAAAAAGUAUUGAGUCCAAAUUGGUAUCAGAUACUUCCAUCUCCCAUAUAGAUGACUCGGAAGAGCCAGAGACAAGUCUAAUAUUUGAUGCGCGCGCCCGCCUGCAGAACAUCCACUUCCAAAAAGUUUCCAAUCUUGCGAACAUCGAAAUAUGUAAUGCAAAUAACGAGAAGCCAAUAGUUCAACACAUAAAUGAUCUUGAUGGCCUAGACGAUCACAGUCCAACAACUUUGGUUGAUGAUGCGCCAAAGGAAGGAGAUACGGACUCAAGCAAGAUUGUGCAGCCGGACAAGUGGAUGUUUGCAAACCGCUACUGGAAAAAUACCAGCACCCGAAUUUCUCCAACGGCGCAAUCUUCCAAAGCAUACAAAGAGACCGGUGCAAAGAUGACUAGACCUGCUUUACAUGGAGGCAAAAAACCUGUGAACAGGCUGGGAAAUGCACAAAAUACUCCUUCAUAUUCACACACCCGGUCAUUAGAGCCCUUCAAUCUUCAAUCCGAACGACCCAACAAGAAGCAAAAAACAGAGCAAGCACCUCUAAGCAAUGGAACAGGCAGCGGGCCGAAUCAGUUUGAGCAUGAAGCAAAUCAGGGUCAGGGACCUGUGAGCCAGAUACCCAUACAGAGUCAGUACAAUAGCUCGCCUCACCAAGAAAAUGGCAUUCGCUCAAAAGUCAAGUCUUUUGAAGCGUACACCGUAGCUGAAUACCAAGCGGUCAAUGACUUAGUGAAGCCGCGAAAGGACAAGCGCAAGAGGCAUAAAGUUAACUCUGACCACCAUUCAGAAAGCCAGAGUCACACUCACGGAAAUGCUGGUUUUAAAGCACAACAGACCGCCAACGCUAAGAGACUUACAAACGGUUCACAUCUGGAGGACAUUAGAGACCCUAUCUCUAAUGAAGAAGAUGAGCUACAAGCUCCACACUCUGGCUCAAAGACCGUUCCUCGAGUUGUAAUUCCGUCUAGUGGCAAUGCACACCUUCCAGUCGCACACCAAGCUCCACGUUCGAGAGCAAGCGGACUCCAUAAAUCGUCGUACGUCUCAAAUUCGCAACUCGAAAAGCGCAAUCCAUCCAAUUCUGUACAAACGAGACGUGUAUUGGGAGAGUUGCAACUAGAGGACGGCAGUGAGGAUGAGCUCUCGCAAGGAAACCCGCCCGAGGUAUCGCAUGUAAAACGGGCCAAUAAAUCGCGUCAAAACCCGGAAGUCAACUACAACGACGGUGAGGAUGAUAUCGACAAGCAAUCGAGCCUUGAUAGAAGGGGUGACAUGACGAGAUGGGGCAGCGGUAGAUCUAACGACCAAAAAUUACAACAACGGGACCACAGGAGAUCUUUCAGGGUUGAAAGCCUCUUCUCCCCAAGUUUUUAUUGGCAUCGGCCAGGUAAAAUGCAGAAGCAGUGCGUGGAUCUGGACAAAUCCGGUAUAUUGGGACUUAUGGGUGACGAUAAGAAAAUCAUUACAGGGUUCUCUAUCAACGCAAAUGCCAUCCUCAAAAUGACGGUUGGACUUGACUCCUGUAAACUGAUUAUCCGAAAGUCCCAAGGGAUUGGUCCCAUGAAAGACCCCGACAUGCUCAUAGAAUUUUCCGGAAUCUUGGAAAUCGAAAACUUCCUCAAGUCAAUCAAGCCAUUUCUAAAAGAUGCUGAAAUUAAAUGGGUGGAAUCUUCUGAAAUCGAUCAAAGGUUUCAUCAUACCCGCGAAAAACUCGACAAGAGAACUGACCAAGCAGCCAACAAACGAAGCAGAGCUGAAAGCCAGCCUGAAGACGUUCAACUCUUGACGUCAAAUCAAGACAGACGAACGGCACAGCGAACCCAAUUGCUUGGGCAUGACGAUCAGCAAGCACAACAUUACAAUCUCUCAAGAGCAAAGAGGCAAAAAAUUCAUGAAAAGAUGCAGACGCAGCCAUCUCAACAAAAUAAGAAUGAUAAUUCCGAUCCAAUUGAACCCGCCGAGUUUUACACACCAUUGAGCAAAAUCAAUGAAACUCGUGCUUCAUUACGAAGCGCUGAGAGACCCAAGUCAUACAAACCGACCUCUGAGGCAAGAAGUCCCAGCCCAGAACGUUGGUCAGAGGUCAAUAGGGACUGGGAAAAGAAUUGGAAGAAAUCGGUGGUAUAUCCUAAGAGCGGUAAGAAGACCGCUACCGUUGAUAAGCAAGAUAUCUACAGGCUUGACAAUGGAGAGUUUUUGAACGAUAAUCUUAUCAUGUUCUAUCUCCUCUGGCUCGAGCAGCAACAUCCAGAGCUGGCUACUCGGGUUUAUGUCCAUAACACGUUUUUUUACGCAAGCUUGACCAAGGCUGCAAAGGGCAAGAAAGGGAUCAACUAUGAGGCUGUUGAGAGAUGGACAGCGAAAGUUGAUCUUCUGUCUUAUGAUUAUAUUAUUGUUCCCGUCAAUGAGAACACUCACUGGUAUGUGGCAAUCAUAUGCAAUGCGCCCAAGCUUCUCAACCUAGAGAUCAAGCAGUCGUCGCAACCUACCGAGAAUGGUGCGCAAUCUGAACAAGAUAGAGAAAUGGAGUCUCGCAGUGCAAGCAAGCUCACCACACCCUCUAAAUCACCACAGUCUACCCCCGUGAGAUCUGUAAAUGAUAAAGAUGAGACUGGUGUCAACAAUAGCUUUGGAGAGUUGUCAUUGGCACAUGGCGAGAAAACCGGGGCUUCAAUAGAUCUCGAACCUGCAAAAAGUUUCCCGCCCAGUCACCACGGAUUGCCAACUACUUCAUUGGAAAUGGAUCCGGAUGAUACCGCCGCAGACAAGUCUGCCACAAAUGUAAUUGAUCUAGCACAAUCGAGCUCGCCACCGACAAAGUCAAACUCCACGACAAAGGGCAAAAGAAUUCCUCCAAUCCGCACCUAUGACCCAAAGCAGCCUAGAAUUAUCACUUUCGAUUCACUUGCUUUGAAACACUCCAAUACUUGUAGCAAUCUAAAAGAUUACAUGGUCGCCGAAAUUAAAGCGAAGAAAAGCAUGUCAAUCACACCCCCUAAACCCAUUGGUAUGGCGGCAAAAACACAGGAUAAAGACAGUGCCACAGGAAGAUAUUUAGGUAAAGGUCUUCCUGUACAAGGCAACUAUUGUGAUUGUGGCGUGUACCUGCUAAGCUACAUUGAGGAAUUCUUUGAACGCCCUGAUAGUUUCAUAGAAGAUAUCAUGGAGAACAAGUACGAAGUUGAUGGCGAUCGGAAUGAUACACCUGCAUUUCGUACUAAGAUCCGCAAUAUUCUCCUCGAGCUUCAGGCGGAGCAAGUUCAAGAAGAAUACGCAGCCAAAAUGGCCAAAAUAGCGGAAAAGGCUAAAAGGGGAAAAGAUGUUCCCUUUAUGACUGCUAAUAAGACUGACCUGGCAAAGCCGCAAACAGCGUCUGGCCCUGAGCCCAACAUUGCUCGACAAAAGUCUAUUGCUAACGCCUCCACUCUCAAUGAACGUCGUAAUCACGAUGAUACCUCGACAGAGGCGAGGAAUUCUCUAAAGUCGUUGUCAAAAGCCAAGGAGGUUAUCAAUAUAAGUGAUAGCCAGGACAAUCUUCAGGAACAAUCUCAAGAGAGCCCUGAAUCAAUUUCUGUUAACGUUAUAGAUGAUAAGCCAAUUGAAGAGCGACCUAGGUCCAGAGUUCGUGACAAAGAACCUCGCCAGACUGCUCAUACUGUGGCCAAUACUUCCAAGCCUCCUAUACACCUUGAGAUUCGUGAUUCCCAAGAAGAUCAAGAAACAACACACGAAGGUGCGGAUCAACAGUUGUUGACACAAAACCCACGGAGGAAGCCCUCUAUCAUUGAUCUCGAGGAAGACGAGUCUCAUAAGGGCGAGGAACCGACUGAACUUGAAUCUCGAAGUGGUACAAGUUUGAUUGGCAAUGCUGUUGAUGCUAUUUGCAAUUUGUUCGGCAAAUCGACGGGCCAGGCAGCCUUACAAGGUGAAGUUUCAGGACUUUUGCCUGCGCACGAAUCCCGAGGAGAUGACUAUGUCCAAGGUUUGGAAAGUCCAUCGCGUUCUGGUAUGAAUUCACCUCGACAAUCGGAAAGUGAUGUAAAACUGAGACAGAAUGGAACAGUUUUACGUUCUCCGUCGCCAGAGCAGCGUGGCUCGAAGUUGGCACAACGAACAGGGUCAGAAUUCAAUGAGGACGCGGUGGAUCUGACUGGCGAUGACCCAAUGCUUCUGGAUGAAUCUGAUGAUAAUUUCUCAAAGCUUCAACAAUUUCCGCCUUCCCCGCUGGUAGCUAGUUCGCGAAAACAUGAUCGUUCAAAAAUUAAAACACCUGACAUGGCACAAUUCGCACGGCGAAAUACUAGCUCGGGAAAUAUCGAUCCCUCAGAACGCUUUCAUGAUCAUGUUAUGGAAAGAUUUGUAAAUAAUAAAUCGUUGUCCGGGCGAGAUUCCGCGGAGGCAAAGAUGAUUGCUCAGUAUAAGCACUGA